AUUUUAGUAGUUUCAUCUUCCUUCCCGUCCAGUCAUCCACUCUUUUUCUCUUUCUAAACAUAUAAAUCUCCGUCCACCAUUACUCUCCUCAACAGCCACCUGCCAAACCCUAGAAAAUGCUACGUAUUCGAUGAAUCCAAUGUCAAAUGUCAAAUUUCCUCCCACCUUUACCUCUACAUAUAUUAUUCAUAUUUCCUGAUCCAGCAUCCAUAAAAGAAACAUUUUGAUUAUUUUUUCUUCUGAAUCGAUUGAAAUCAUCGAAUGGCACCAAUUCCUCGAUCUUCUGCAUCAGCAGCAACUAGUACUGCUACACAAACCCUAACGAAUUCACAAGAAACUAGAUUACUUGUUCGUGAAACACUUCGGAUAAGUGCUAAUCUUGCUUCUUCACCUUCACCUCAGAAAUUGGUUGUCUCAGAGAAAGAGAGUAGUAAUUAUGUUGUUGUUGAAGAUGAAUUUGUUAAUUCCAGUUUAAGAGUUAUUUGUCGUGAACAAAUAAAUGGUAGGCGAUGGAAAUAUGUUGCAGAGACUGAUGGAUCUUCUGGAAGGUUUAAGAAAGCUUCAUUGCGUUCUUUUAGUUUGGAAACUACACCUCAAGAUCCAUUUGUUGAAAUGAUGUCGUUUGUAAGAUCUUAUGUGGUGCCUGAAGGAUUUCCAGACAGUGUUACCCCAUCUUAUGUACCAUAUAUGACAUGGAGAGCUUUAAAGCAUUUCUUUGGUGGAGCGAUGGGUGUUUUUACGACACAAUCAUUGUUGAGUUCUGUUGGAGUUUCUAGAAAUACCGCGGCAUCAGGUGCUGUUGCUAUUAACUGGAUUCUCAAGGAUGGAGCAGGCCGUGUUGGAAAAAUGCUUUUUGCAAGGCAAGGGAAGAAAUUUGACAAUGAUCUGAAACAGCUUCGUUUUGCUGGGGAUCUCUUAAUGGAGUUAGGGGCUGGGAUAGAGUUAGCAACUGCAGCUGUGCCACAUCUUUUCCUUCCACUGGCUUGUGCUGCUAAUGUUGCUAAGAACGUUGCUGCCGUGACUUCAACAUCAACUCGGACUCCAAUCUAUAAAGCUUUUGCUAAAGGGGAGAACAUUGGUGAUGUAACGGCCAAAGGAGAAUGUGUUGGAAAUAUUGCAGACCUGUUGGGAACAGGGCUGAGCAUCAUCAUAUCAAAAAGAAAUCCAUCUUUGGUGGCCACAUUUUCCCUUCUCUCAUGUGGAUAUGUUCUUAGUUCAUAUCAAGAGGUAAAGUCUGUUGUGUUGCGUACUCUGAAUCGAACAAGAUUUUCUGUGGCCGUGGAAUCCUUCCUUAAAACAGGACAUGUACCAUCAUUGCAGGAAGGAAAUCUGAAGGAAAACGUGUUUACCUUGCCAUGGAUAAAAGAUAAACCAAUUCUUCUAGGAUCGAGGUUUAAGGAUGCUUUCCAAGAGCCAGCCUCAUACCUUGCACUAGUGCCUCUAUUCGAGAAAGAGAGGUAUAUAGUCACAUACAACCCUUCAAAGGGUAAUGUUUGUGCGUUGCUUAAAGAUCAGGCAGAGUCAGAUGACGUUCUGAAAGCAGCUUUCCAUGCUCACGUUCUUCUGCAUUUUAUCCGUUCAUCAAGCGAGCAGUCUUCUGCGAAGCAUGCUGCAUCUGAAAGUACAAACUUUCUUGGGCACUUCUCUGCACAACAUCCUCUACCCACAACUUUUGACCUAGACCAAAUUGCUGAGUCUUGCAAGGUUGUCUCAGCAUCAUAUGGAUUAUUUAAGAGAAAAGCUGCCGAACAGGGGUGGAUGAUGUCAGAAUCAUUGCUUAACCCUGGGAAAGCUCGGCUGUAUUGAGUGAAUAUUUAACUACCAUGAAACUAUCAUUAAACUGAUGCUCAGUUAACUUGGUCCAGUUGAGUAAUUAGGCUGGUUACAUGAGGUGAUCAAAUAUUUACAAGUAAAACACCUAAAGAGCUUACCAUAUUAUUUUUACUGGCAUGUUCCAUCUUACUCUAAGCACACUGUAUAUCUUACAGUCUGUCCUCCUUCGAGGUUGACUAAUUUUCUUGCCGUCAAUCAUGUUAUGUCCAUGUAGAAGAAACUUGUGUCUAAGCUUCAUGGGUUUUAGAGGAGCUAACUGUUUCUUAGUGUUGUAUAUUGCUGUUUGUAAGUUCUUCAGUAUAUGUAGUAGUCGAGGAUUCAAAAUAUUAUCAACUUAGGAUGACUUGAUUUUGCUGCAAGUUAUUCUCACUCUUGUAUCUAUUAAUAUUCUUGUGCUGCCUGCCAUAUUAAUAUUUUUGAGCAGGGAGUUUUUCUAAA